AUGUCGUCUGAGUCAUCUUCGGAGUCAGUCGGUGAUGAGAGUUGCUCGAACGAGUGCUCAGCAAGUUUCACAUUUGACACAAAUAAUAACAGCAGAGAUAAUGUGAGUUUCGAACUAUAAACAUCUUACUUCUCGCGCGAUUUUUCUGCAAUCUGAGGGAAGAAAAGAUAAAAGAGCAUACCAACACUUGAAAAAUAAGAAUGUUCAAGAGGUGUUGGUGUUCAUUCAUUUUUUCAGAGUUUUAAAAGAUUGUGUGGUACUAAUGUUUUUAUAGGAUCUGGCAGAAGAAACUCAUAUGAAAUUGAGUAUUACACCGACGCGCGAAUCUUUUUCCUUGCAACAAUUGGAACGUCUUGUAACUAUUGGUGAGUUAAAAAAACGGGAGGGAUUUUGUUUCGGGUUGAUUUAUGAUAGAUGAUCAGCCCAGUCUCUUUUUUUGAUAUUGAGAUGAGAUGUGUUUUUAAUUUUCUAUUAGACAUUGAUAGUUAGUGUGAGAAUUCUGAUUUUUUCAAAAUAAUUAUCUGUAACUCACAUUCAGAAUUGUAUUGCAAAAAGUUUUUUCCAAUUCUUCUCAAGCUGUUCCUAGUUUUAAUUUCUCUAACGAUAAAUGCUUUGUACUGUAGUUUUCUCAUCUUAAAAAAUCAGAACCAGUUUUUUUCCGUCAAACCUCGUAAACGUUUUUUUUUGUUCAAAGGGUAAUAGUUCGACAUAUGCCGGAAAACUGUCGAUCGGCAUUUUUCCGCAAUGUUUACCCGUUUUGUGACGUGUAAAUCCUCUCAAUUCACACUCUGUUUCACAAGGAUAACCUUUUUUUGUUGCUUCAUCAAAAAAAGUCUCUUGGGUUUCAAAGUUCUGCAAGCUUGCACAAAUGAUCAUGAUAGUGAUCAUCAUCUGGUCAUUGGAAAGGAGAGAAAAAAGAUGAAACAUGUAUAUAUUACGUAUAUAUAUAAUCGUUGCUCUCAAAUAUCUUUCGUUUCCGGUGGUCCCGUAUACUUUUCUCAGAAUAUAAGAAUAUGGCUCAUUGAGUUUUCAGAACACUUGAACGAUUUUUUGAAGAAGGAGCACAAAAAACAACAGCAAAAAUUGUUGAUUCAAGAGCUGAAAAGACCAAAAAUUCAUCAAAUUAAUUUCUGCGCGCAUAGCAUUUUAAUUUCAUAUGACUCAAAAAACAAUUUUUAUAGAGGUUAUGAUGAAACUUCAUUUUUUUCGAAAAGAGACCAGAAAAAUGACUAAUAUUCUCACAUCAAUCAACAACUCGAACGACAACAAGCAUAAAAAAUUCCGCCAUCUUCUUUUUUGACCACUAUUACUUUCUUGUUUGGUUUUUUUACAAAUCUAUUUGUGCAUUCUAUGGUCGUCGUCCUAGCUUCCUUCUUCCAUUUUUUUCUUGCAUUACGACUUCAUCUCAUGGGAAAUGAGCCAAGAGCCAAAGAGUACCUCUUUCUUCUUUGCUUUUACUACUAUCAAAAAAAAUACUGGGAAAAGUAAAAAAAAAAGUUUGAAAAGAGACACAUUGUUCUAAUCAUGAAUUAUUUAUUCGUAUGUAUCUAUCAAAUGGGAAAUAAAAACUAAAAAAAGAGAGCAAGGCAAGACAAAAAAUUUGGUUUAUGACACCGAAUUUAUUGCUCGAUGUUCGAGGAAACAAAAUCAUAAAAAAAACUUUUGUUUUUCAGGAAAAGGAACAUUUGGUCGUGUAGAAUUGGCGCGUGAUAAAAUCAGUGGGGCACAUUAUGCAUUAAAAGUGUUGAAUAUCCACAAAGUGGUUGAGAUGCGUCAAACUGAACAUGUACAUAACGAAAAGAAAGUUUUGAUGAGACUGAAACAUCCAUUCAUUGUGAAAAUGUAAGUUUUCAAAGAUAGAUACAAAGUUUGAACAAAAAACGGUUCAAAUUACGAAAAGUAACUGAUACUUUUCGGAAAUGUCGCGAAACAUUUCUAAGAGAAAAGCAGAGUUCAAAUAUAUUUUUUACAGGUAUGCUAAUGAGAAAGAUAAAAACUUCUUGUAUAUGAUUAUGGAAUAUGUUCCUGGCGGUGAAUUGUUCUCGUAUCUUCGUGCAUCGAGGCGAGUUUUGAUUCUUUUCCCAUAGAUUAGCGGAACACAUAAAUCAUUUUACGACAUGUCGAUUACCCUUUUUUGUUGUCAUUUUUUCUUAUAUGUUAUUUUUGCAGAUCCUUUUCAAAUUCGAUGGCAAGAUUUUAUGCAUCUGAAAUUGUUUGUGCAUUGGAAUAUAUUCAUUCACUUGGAAUUGUUUAUCGAGAUCUCAAACCAGAAAAUCUGAUGUUAAGCAAAGAAGGUCAUAUCAAGAUGGCUGAUUUUGGAUUUGCCAAAGAGCUUCGUGAUAGGUAAAAUUAUAAAAAAAAAUAGUUUUGAAAUACAAUAAGAAAACAAAAUAAAUCACAACUACACAUCCACAAAACAUCAUAGUACACACUAAUGUGAUGACCAGUUGUAAUGGAUCGGAUAGAUAGAUUUGAGUGGUUUUUUCUCUUUGCGUGGGAAGGAAUUGAAGUAUAAAAUUUUUCAUUUAUUUUUUUCAAACCCAUGUUUUUCACGGAUCAAAUUGAUCAUUGGCCAAUGAAUCCAACUGAUUGAUUCUUUUUUUUAAGAAAAAAAACGUGUCAGAUUUUUAUAUUUUCGAAAGAACCAAACAAUAACAAGGAAUUAGAGAUUUUUCCAGGAAGAUCACACUUUCUGAAAAAUUGUUAUCAGGUAAAUAAAAGUCCAUUGGGAUUUUUGAUGGUUAUUGAUGACAGAUAUUUUAUUCAAAGAGAAAAAACUAUAAAAAGAACUAGAUCUUCUAGGAAAAUCAUAUUGUAUUACAAUUCAGUACGAAUAUUGAUAUCUAAAAUGUACCUAUGAUUUCAAAUAUACUGUAAUUUGUGACUCGCGUUUCCGUGAAUAAUAUUUUCUGAAACAAUCCAAGAUGAAAUACAAAAAAAACGGUGUCUACACAUUAUAUGUGUACUUUAUAACUCGCUAUGUACUAUAUAACUUUCGUAAAACCGACAGACUGAUAAUCGGAUUACUGCUUUUCAAUGAUUUCUAGUUUUUUGUUCAUCUUCCAUAGCACACACAAAUUAAAAUCACGUGAAAUGAACAGGUGUUCAUUUUUCUCUCAAUCUCAGAAAAGAAAAAAGCGAAAUGUUUCAUUUCUCUCGCUUCCGGGAAGAGUUCUGCAAAAUUUCCAGACAAAAAAAAACAAGAUCAAAAUAAAAAAUUUAUUUUAUUUCAGAACUUACACAAUAUGUGGAACUCCGGAUUAUUUGGCACCCGAAUCAUUGGCGCGAACUGGUCAUAACAAGGGCGUCGAUUGGUGGGCAUUGGGCAUUUUGAUCUAUGAAAUGAUGGUUGGCAAACCGCCAUUCCGCGGGAAAACCACCAAAGAAAUAUAUGAGGCAAUUAUUGAUCACAAAUUGAAGUUCCCAAGAAGUUUUAAUCUUGCCGCAAAAGAUCUCGUUAAGAAAUUGUUGGAAGUUGAUCGAACGCAGCGAAUCGGAUGUAUGAAAAAUGGUACUCAAGAUGUCAAAGAUCAUAAAUGGUUUGAAAAAGUUGUUUGGGAUGAUACUCUACAUCUUCGCGUUGAGGUAUGUUUCCAUGGCAAGAAAACCGAAGUCAUAUAAACUAAUUCUCAAAAAUUUCAGCCACCAAUUGUUCCGACUCUCUAUCAUUCUGGAGAUACUGGAAACUUUGACGAUUAUGAGGAAGAAGCUGGAGAUGGUCCGAUUGCUCUUCAAAGAGAGCGUGAUCUUUUUAAUGAAUGGUAA